AUAUUACAUAAACAAUAAAUAUGGCAAAACUGAACAGAGUUGGAUCUUAGUUGGAUUUUUUCCAAGUCCUCAUCUUUCUUCUGCAACUUUUCUUUGUGUCAAACUUGUAAAUGUCUUCAUUCUUCACACAAGUAUUAAAAGUCCAUAUCUCUCUCUCUAAAGGGUACUGUUCAAAAACUUCAGGAACUGAAAUACCAUUGAGAGUUUGAGACCCUCUUUUUUUAUUUUUAAGAUUUUCUUUUUUUAGCACAAAAAAGACAACUCCAACAUAUCCAGUGGUCCUUACUUUUUACCUACCAAAAAAAAAAAAUAUUAUAGUGAGCUUUAUGAUGUACUGGUUAACGUGCCUCUCUUUCUCUAUCUUGAGGUUGAGUUCAAUGUUAUAAAGUGAGUUAGUUCUUGGGAUUUCAAGAACCCAACCAACUUCUUAGUUUCUUAGUUAUUGCCAUUCUGGGUUCAUGUUCAUGAAAAUGGAACAAGAAUAUAUGAGAGCAUCCACAAGAGAGGAGCUGAGCUUUCUAAUGAUUGAAAAAGUGUUUAGUGGAUUGCAGACUUGUGGUUGCAAUGAAAACCAAGAAAUUCACUGAGUUAGAGGCAAAUAAGCACAAUUACGCUUGCUCACAAAUGAAAUGCUGGAUAACAAAAUCCACCAAGGGAUGUCUAUCCGAUAGUGUUCAGUAUUUUGAUAGAGAGUAUCAGUAGAUGGUGUGAUGUUAUAGUGCUUCCAAAGUUUGCAGGAGAAUUAUUCUGAGUUAUAAAAGGAGACACAGAUUCAAUUAUUCUUCUAAGGCUGGAUGAUAGUUGAAGCUUGAGAGUGACUUCUCAGUUGUGCAAAUGAGUAUUUGGGGAAACUCAAUUGGCUUCUUUCUGAUUCAAUUCAAUCAUUCUGUGUUUGUUCUUUUCUUCUUUUGAGAAUGGCAUGGAAUUGUCUUAAUGUCACAUAAUUGUUUGUUUGAUAGCAUAUAACCUGGUUUGCAAUAAUUUUUAGGCAACUAGAUUCCAAAAGAUGCUUCUCAUCUUGUCGAGCAACUUUGAUAAAAGAGAGUUUGAUCCAGUUCUGGCAUUUGAUUAGGACCUCAGGACUGAAAAGAUUAAUACCUUGUUGGGAAGGAUUCCUUGCUUGCUUAAUUAUAAAGAACAUGACUUACUUUGUAUUGGGAAAGUACUGACUUCCUUUUGUAAUAGUAAAGAAAACCUGAGAGCAGGAUUUUUUCUGGGUCAAGUUCCUAGAUCUAUGUUUCCAUAGUGCCAAAUGCAGCUUCAGCUCAGUUUAUAUUAAUUGACGUUUAUGAAAUUUGAGGCAUAUGUUUGGUGGUAUGCUGUGUUCUACUAGUGCAUACUAUUCGAAUUAAACAAGGGGUGAUUUCCAGCGUGCAUUUUGGAAAUGACUUCUGGAGAUGUUGAUUUGUUGUUAUUUAUUAAGGAUUAUCACAAACUUUUCUUUAGUUUCUAUUUAAUUUAUAGGUUCACUAGGAACGUAGUAACAAUGAUGGUUUCUUAUACCUGUAUUCUGGGUCUACUAAUUUUCUUUUUAUUUGUACUCUUUAGCACUUUAAAUUGAAUAGGCAUUUACUUAUUGGGGUCUAGAAGAUAAGGCCCUUGCAUCACACAAUGAUUUGGUGAACGUUGAGAAAAAAAAAAAAAGUUUGCUUCUUGUUUUAAAGACAUGCUUAAAGUUGAUCCUAUUACCUUCUUCAAUCUAUUUUUAUUUUAUUUUAUUUAAAAACAUUCAUCUUAAAAGAUUUUAUUAGCAUAAAGCCUCUUCUGGAGCUAGCUAGCUGCUUAGAGUGGUUCAACACUUCCUCUCAAAUGUCUUCAAUGCCUUCCUAUCUUCCUAUGAUCCUAUCCUAUAAUUUUGUUGACUUCAAUUAUGGAAAGGUUGGACUGAGUGGUGAUGAAUAUAAUUGUAGAGGUGAAUUAUAACAAUCAGUUUCUCAUAUGUCUUGGCUCUGUUGCAUCAGCAUGGGGUUAUAAGUCAGGUUUGAGGAAGAAGAAUUUGAGCUUUGCCCAGCUGUAACCAACAUUGACAAAAGUAACUUCGCAAGCAUAUUUUAGUUGUCCUUGUAUUUGAAGAUUGCUUCCCAACAACUCUAUAGCUUUUGCUAUCUCUAAUAGAGGAAUAUCUAGUAUUGCAAAUGAUAAUUGGAGUUCAAGAUUUUUAGUUAGUUCAUACAGGCAUAUCGUGCUCCAUGAAAACGUAAAUAGAACAGCAUUUAAUUAUUGGAGAUGGAUACCAAAGAGUCAGAGAGAAUAGUCAUAGCUAAACCAGUUGCUUCAAGGCCUACUUGUUCCACUUUCAGAUCUUUCUCAGAACUUCUUGCAGGUGCCAUUAAUGCCUCACCCUCUAAUGUAUGUUCAGAAACUGCAGUUGCUGCUAUUAGACCAAAGACAGUGAGGUUUAAGCCAAUGGUGAAUCAUGGUCCAGCUGGGUUGGUUUCUUCCCAGGCUGAGAUCUCUGGAACAGCUGUUUGUAAUUCAUCUGAUAAGGUUUUGAAACUUGAUAGCAAAUCAACUGUGGUAUACAAACCUUUGGCAAAGCUUGCAUCAAAGAGAACUGUCUCUCUUUUGGCAAAUAUGGGAAACUUCAACACUAGUCUUCAACAACCCCAACCAUUAGUUGAUGCCUCUGUCCAACUUCCAAACCAAGAAAAACACAAUUUCAGACCCCGACUUAGCACAAAUCUUCAUCAGAACAAUCCAUCAUAUGUUGAAACAAAUCGGACAGUAGGGCCCUCAAAGAUAGCAUCACAGAACCUGGAGGAGGAUGCAAAAGCUUUGCCACCCACGGCUAAUGGUGAUCGACCUUCUUAUGAUGGAUAUAAUUGGAGGAAAUAUGGUCAAAAGCAAGUCAAAGGAAGUGAGUACCCAAGAAGUUAUUAUAAGUGCACACACCCAAAUUGUCCUGUUAAGAAGAAGGUUGAGAGAUCAUUGGAUGGUCAGAUUGCAGAGAUUGUCUACAAGGGUGAGCACAGCCAUUCAAAGCCUCAGCCUCCUAAGCGCAACUCAUCAGGGACACAGGCACUUGCAAUUGUACCUGAUGGGGCUGGUCAAGAUACCAACACUCCAUUGUGGGCUAGUCACAACAAUGAAGGGAAUGAAAGUUCUGAAGGUAGAGUAGAAAAUCAGAAUGAAGUAGGAUUAUCUGCGCCUUCGACUUAUCUGGGCAAAGCUAUAGUGCCUUGUGAUCCUGUUUCAACUGGAGCAAUUAAUGCUGGUGGUGGAACUCCUGAUAAUUCCUGCGGUCUUAGUGGAGAAUGUGAAGAAGGGAGCAGAGCAAUUGAGCCAGAGGAUGAUGAACCCAGAUGCAAAAGAAGGAAAAGUGAGAAUCAAUCCAAUGAAGCUGGCAUACCAGGGGAAGGUGUACAAGAGCCCCGCAUUGUGGUGCAAAACUCCACAGAUACUGAAAUUACGACUGAUGGCUUUCGCUGGAGGAAAUAUGGACAGAAAGUUGUCAAGGGAAAUCCAUAUCCCAGAAGUUAUUAUAGAUGUACUAGUCUCAAGUGCAAUGUGCGCAAACAUGUGGAAAGAGCAUCAGAUGAUCCAAGAGCUUUUAUCACCACAUAUGAGGGAAAACAUAACCAUGAAAUGCCAGUCAAGAACACAAAUCCAGUGGCCUCCGAAACGGAUUCACUGCCCCCUAAAAGUAAAGACAAGCGAUGAUGAAUUGACACCAUGGAUUGAAAACUUCAUCAAUCCAUCUUUUGAUCAGUCAGAUAAUGUCUGAUAGAGUUCAGAGUUCAAGGGCAACAGAAGCCAAACGGCUAAAGCAAUCUGCAAUGGUAGAUCAUUUUUCCUGUGAAUCUCAUAAGUUCUUGAUGAAGACAGCUUCUUCUUCUUCUUCUUCUUUUUUUUUUUUUUUUUUUUGGUCUUCUCCUUUUUGUGGGUAAGUAAAAGUAUUAGUCGGUGACAUAAGUUUUUAUCUGACUCAGUUAAGCUUCUUAGUAAUUCUUUAUCUUUUAAUUGUUUCCCACUCCAUAUAAUAAUAAGUAGACUUGUAUAUCCUGUGAUCUGAAUAUGCACUUCAGUUUCUUUUAA